UUGUGCAAUCUUAUUAUGCCAAAUCUAUCUCUCUUUUGCAUAUUAACAACAGCUGCAACCAAAGCACCAACAACAGCAUCACAAGCAGCACCGACAACACCAUCACCAGCACCAACAGCAGCACCAUCAUCAACAGCAUCAACACCAUCACCAGCACCAACAGCAGCACCAUCAUCAACAGCAUCAACAUCAUCAACAGCACCACCAGCAUCAACAGCAGUAGCACCAUCAUCAACAUCACCAGCAGCAUCAACAGCAGUAACACCAGCAUUAACAUCACCAGCAGCAUCAACCCCCCCAGCAACAUCAGCCCUUGUAUCUACCACUGCCCCUAAUGCUACCACCACCAAAAGUCCUGAUGAGACCAAUGUUACGACCCAAGCACAUACGACUGCUACACCUGCAGCAACAUCUACAGACAAGAAGUUGAACGCCAGUUCUGCUGUCCAUUUCAAGGGGAAUGAAACUGGAAAUAACUCUUUGCAACCGAGAUCAGUAAAACCCAACACGACCAUUGUGAAUCCAGGAUCAGAUGAAAGCACUGAAAAACCAAACAAAGGAUCAGAUGAAAGCACUGAAAAACCAAACAAAGUACAAAACACUUUUUCACCUCCUCCAAUGAUUCAAGGACAUCAAAAUGAAACAAGUCAAGAUGCAGGUUCUCAAACUGGCAAAGAUCCUCCUGAAGAACCAGACAAGAGGCUGUGGUGGAUCGUGCUGCCCGUCCUGCUGGUCGCAGCUGCUGCUUUCAUCCUCCUCAAGUUCCAAUGCAAGAAGAUCCACGAUCACACAGAAACUAUUGAUACUGGAACUGAGAACGCAUCUUUCCAGAGCAGGCCGGAAAGCACCAAAGAUGGAGUCAUGCUCCUCGGAGUGAAGUCAUCAGGCGGGGACGAGAAUGCUGCUGCCAGAUAAAAAAGGAGGACAUCAAGAACAGUGUGUGCCUCACACCUGUCGCCCACACAAUGAUGAUCUGAUUUGAUUUCUUUGAAUUUUCUCGUGAUUUUGUGAAAACAUGCAAAAAGUAUGUAUGAUUCUGUAUGCUGAAAUCAGGGUGUGUUGAUACAUUUCAGAGUAAGUGAACCCAUUUUCAAUUACAAUAUAUUUUAUUCAACAAAUCUUUAUAUUGAUAACCUAGGCUAAAUACUGUCAGCCUGUGGAACAGAAAUAAAAGCACCCUUUAUUUCAGUAUACUGUUGACAAAGACAAAGACAGCUGCAGAUCUCUGUCUAUAUGUUUGUCACAAAACACCUUCCUGCACAGUGCACUGACCUCAGAUCAUCAUAUGUUUGAUGUAAUUAAUCUGUUGAUUUCAUCGUUUUAUAAUUACCCUUGUCGCUUAUCACAUAUGUGCCUUGGACUGCUUUGUAGGAUAUCAUGUGUUUUUGUGUCAAUUUCACUAAGCACAGGCUCUUUUUAGGUGCUCAUUUUUGCUUUUCAUUUAUCAGUUAAGAUGUUAAAUAUUUCACCAGUUUUUUCUACUGAAAGCUUUUUAAAGUACACAGCUGUCAGAAGGAUUUGUAUUGAUGGUGAUUUACUUUUUUUUUUAUUAUAUGUAAAUAUAAAGACGGGUUGUAUACAAAGACACUGGAAAUGCUUUUUGGCUGGAAUAUGUUGCUCUCCAUUUACAUUUUCUCAAUAAAUCACAAGAGCAAGGUUUGUAGCUUCCAGAUAUGAAAUGCAAUGCUUUGAAAGUGCAUCCUAUCAUGUUUUCCUGCAGGUAGAGGAUCAAAUAGGGGUAGGCUGCCAGCUUCGUGUCACCAAGUUCCUGUCACUUAAAAGACUUAAGACCCUCCCUCCCAACGCUUCCUAUCUGGAUCUCACCGUUAAUAAGAUACGAUGAACUUGAAUAAGCUUCAGUAUCUUCAGUAGCUGUAUUCUUUGACCUGUAUGUGGCAGAAAAGUGACGGAGCUGCCUCCAUGCAAUUUACAAUCAGAAACCCUUUAAUUGUCCAACAGCGGUGAAAUGUACAUUGUUUCAGCCAAUGACAACGUACGGAUAAAAGGCUUGGACGAUUAAAAGAUAAAAGGAGUAGACAUAUUUAAUAAAGAGGACAGCACAUGUUAAAAAAAGCACAUAGCUACACGUAUAAAUAAGUAGCAGCAUUAUAAAAGUAGUUAAGUUAAUGGAUAAUCAGAUAACUUAACCUUGACUUACAGCAGGGCCCUCGUCUUGACUUUUUUGACUCCCACAGUGACUUGAGACCUGAAUGUUAAGACUUGAGGCUUGUGACUUGGCUCUGCGGACCACCAUUGUCCUUUCAGUGACUUUCCACUAGAGGGGGCCGACAGUCAACACGAAGAGCCUCCAUGUUUCUGCCCCUCUCUCUUGUGGGAGUUGAGUUGAUAGAGGAGUGAGAUGUAGGCAACCGGUGUAAAAAUCUCCCUCUGCUUGAUCUUCAUAACCCAGGGAUAACAGAUAGGCUCUAAACCACAUCUGGACAUGGUGAUUUUUCAUGCAACUAAUUAAAUGCCACGGUAUAAAUUCAA